AACAAAUGAUGUGUUCAAACAAGAAUAUGAAAGAUCCUGGUUUUCUGACAGACCAUUAAAAAGAGAUGAUGGGAGAAGACAACAGGAGCACCUCCACCGAGACAUGGACUCUCAUCCACCCAUCGGGGAGCCCCCUUGACCUCAUACCCAAUUACGACAUCCCCCUAGAUUACGAGGUUCCGAUGGACGAGAUCCCAGACACGACUCAGGGACGAGCGUUCUUCGUGGCUAAAAUCAUUAUUGCGGUGGUCCUGGUCUGCAUCAUGCUGGUCUGCGGUAUUGGGAACUGCCUCUUUAUAGCCUCAUUGGCACGCUACAAAAAACUAAGGAAUCUCACCAAUUUACUCAUUGCCAACUUGGCAAUAUCAGACUUCCUGGUGGCCACUGUGUGCUGUCCCUUUCUGGUGGAUUAUUACGUGGUCAAACAGCUGUCAUGGGAUCAUGGGAUUGUGCUUUGCGUCUCCAUUAACUACCUUCGGACCGUGUCUCUCUACGUGUCCACCAAUGCCCUGCUAGCCAUCGCAGUGGACAGGUACAUGGCUAUCGUUCAUCCCCUGAAGCCCCGUAUGAAGUAUCAGACAGCGUACUGGAUUAUUUUUGGAGUUUGGAUGAUCCCUGUGCUCAUCGCGGUGCCGUCGGCAUACUUCGCUACAGAGCACGAGUACCCACACAGCACGCUCGGCCACCACAAAAAGAUCUUCUGUGCUCAGAUCUGGUCUGCAGACCAGCAGCUCAUGUAUCGCUCCUACUUCCUCUUCAUCUUCAUCGUGGAGUUCCUAGGGCCCGUGGUGACUAUGUCAGUCUGUUACGCGCAGAUCUCCAGGGAGCUGUGGUUCAAGAACGUCCCGGGAUUUCCGACAGAGCAACUGCGUAAACGGCUACUGAGUCGCCGCAGGACGGUGGUGGCGCUGAUUGCAGUUCUGGUGGCGUAUGUUCUGUGCUGGGCACCGUAUUAUAGUUUCACACUGCUGCGUGACUUCUACCCGGUGCUGAUCACACGCGGCCGUAACUCGCUGGUCGUUUUCUACAUCAUCGAAUGCAUCGCUAUGAGCAACGGGGUCAUUAACACUCUGUGUUUUGUCAGCGUUAGGAACAAUGCCACAAAGUGCCUCAGAGCCGUCAAACUCACUAACUGGCGUUCGCUAACGAGGGCGAUCGUUGGCAAGAUGGCUGAAGACGACAUCAGAACUUCAUCCUUGCGAGUGACUGAGGACGUGGAAUGUACACGAAUAAAGAGGAAUAAAGAGAAAUGAUGGAGAAAUAAACUAGGAGGUGAUACAAGGCCACAACAAUGACAUCAUGUGUGUCAAGAAAUGUCCACAAACAUAUUUUGGAAGUAGCCACACGCAUGAACACUUAUGGGAACAAAUAAAUUAAGAAUUAGCCUCCUUGUUUUGGAAGCCAGAGCAACAGAAUUACCACUGCAAGAGGUUCAGAUCAAAUGAUAGACCAAUGAAUUAAACUGAUGAGAGACUGGCUUGUGUAAAUGCUCAAAAAAUAAUAUAUUUAUGUUAAAUUCACUACUGGAAUAAUUUGAUUAGCAAAAACAUUGCUUCAAAGACCCCCUGAUGUCAACAUGCAUUUUCAGUGAUCAAUGUAGAUUUUCUGAAGGUGAUAGACCAGAAAUGAUGUUGCAGAUCGAAACACUGAAUUAACAGAUUAAGUGCCAGAUGUAAUGUUCAGUUUGUAAGUCCUAUUCAGAAUAAUGUUCAAAAAAGUGUCUGUACCUAAAUUUUUGCUAAACAUUUCCAGUUUCCAUCUAAAAUGGACUAGUGUCAGUGAAAUGCCAACUUUCAUUGCUUUUCACACAAAUCAUAGGAGCAGAUUAUCAGUUAAUAAAGGCUUUUUCAUGCAGUUCUUUGCACAAUAUGCAACCUCAAAACACUUUUAACUUGUAUGACUUGUGAACUAAUAUAUUCUGAUGUAGUAAACUUGCUUGGUAGUGCACCUGGUACCGUGUUGAAUUUACCAUGUGUCGCGCUUGUGUAAAAUACUUGUGAAACAAUUGACAAUAAAAGAACUCAAACACUAAUAUAA